AUGGUCAAUCUCAUAGUCCUUGACUUGAGCACAAAUCACUUGAAUGCAUCUAUCCCACAAGAACUAAGUAACUUGCAACAUCUAGAAAGCUUGAACCUGGGCGACAACUUUCUUCAUGGCCCAAUCCCUAUAAAUUUUCGUAAUCUUAGCAAACUGACAUUUUUAAACCUCGGCAUGAACCGAAUCAGUGGCCCCAUCCCUAUAGAAUUAGUAAAUUUGGCCAACUUACAUUCUCUCGACCUUAAUCAUAACAAUCUUGAGGGUCCUCUUCCUCAAGAAUCUGAAAAGCUGUCAAAACUUUCAUAUCUCGCUCUGUCAUUCAACAAUCUUUCAGGAAACGUCAUGAAGUUUCAAGAUCCAUGUAAUCUGAGACAUUUAGACCUAUCUAAUAAUCUUUUGACUGGAGGCAUCACAACACCACGUGUUUGCAAUUUUUUAGAGUAUCUGGACCUUAGUAGUAAUAAUUUAGUAGGAAAGGUACCAUUUUUAGAAUUAAAAUAUUCUUACACACACAUUAAUCUUUCUAACAAUCAUCUCACUGGGAUCAUUCCUCAUAAUCUACAAUACCCACCGUAUGGAGUUGUUGACUUAUCAAACAACGACUUCACUAGAAGAUCUUCCCACUAUUUGGAUAUUUUUCUUCCUCUCUUCUUUGGAGUUAGCUUCUUAAUACUUUGUUAUGUUCUUUACCGUCGUAUAAAGACCCCAACAAGUAAAACUCAUAUUGAAUUGAUAAAACAUGGAGAUGUGUGCACGAUAUUGAACUACGAUGGAACAAUUGCAUAUGAAGACUUCAUCAUGGCUACGAAGGACUUUGACCUCAAAUACUGCAUUGGAACCGGUGGAUAUGGCAGUGUUUAUGAAGCCAAACUGCCCAGUGGUAGGGUAUUUGCUUUAAAAAAACUCCAUCGGUUUGAAGCAGAGCAACAAGCAUUUGACCAGAGUUUUAAGAAUGAGGUCCAAGUGCUGACAAACCUAAGGCACAAAAACAUUGUCAAACUGUAUGGUUUUUGUUUGCAUAACAAAUGCAACUUCCUUGUUUAUGAAUAUAUGGAAAAGGGUAGCCUAUUUUGCGCUCUGAGUAAUAAUUCCCACGCAUUGCAAUUGGAUUGGAUCAAGAGGGUGAACAUUGUCAAACAGGUAACUCAUGCCUUGAACUCUAAGAUGGAAGGAUUUGUUGUCGAUUUUGGAGCAGCACGAUUCCUUGACUGUGAUUCGUCCAACCAAACGGUUGUAGCAGGAACCUUGGGAUACAUUGCUCUAGAACUUGCAUAUAGCAUGAUUUUGACAGAGAAAUGUGACGUGUAUAGCUUUGGAGUGGUGGCACUUGAAGCAAUUUGCGGAAAGCAUCCAGGGGACCUCCUGUCGUCUUUAAACCGUUCUACGGGGCAAGAUAUUUUAUAA